AUGAAUAAUGAACGCAGAAACACGGUGUACAAGGGAAGAGGGUUCAUCCUGAAGACAGCAAACAAAGAGUACUUAGAAAGCAGGAACAGAAGAAAGACAAAAAAUACCCUCAAUGAUAGGAGAAAAAAUAUUUUUAAUAAAUACAACCCAGUGGUAUUACCCCUAUUAGGAAAUUACAAAGGUAGGAAAGGUGAGCAAUCGGGGAACAACGACAUCAACCUGCUGAACGAGAGCGAAAUAAAUAGCUUCUUGAUGAGGAACAAAGCGUUUCGCCUCACAUGGUCUUGCAUUAUAGAUAAAAUACAGAAAGAAAUAGACAUCCAGAUCUCCAAAAAUCUGAGUAAUGUGUUUGAGGAAAUAUACGCUUACUCAGUUUCGAACCAUGAGUUUCUUCCGCUGAUUUUGAUGACGGCGGGGACGAAUGUAGCGGACCACGAGAUAAUCAUCGAUGCGAUUUCGUACGAGUUGAAGAAAUGGAAUUACAACAAGGGGCGCAGACGUGGGGGAGGCGGAGGAAUACACAGGGGAGGAACCCUUAACGGGGAAAGCGUCCAUCCCGCCACUAACGCCACUACCGCCGUUCCAGGUGGUCCCCACCAUGGGCUCACCAUUUUGAAGACUCUCAACGGAGGAGACGAUGUAUGCGGCGAAUCGGACAUGAGCAGCGGAGGGGGAAACAUACACCCCUCGGAGGAGGAGCAGAAUGAAGAGCAGCAGCAGCAGAAUGAGGCACAAAUGAAAAGGGAUCACUCGUGGGUGAGUGCACAGAAGGGGGCAGAGGUGGAAGGACAAAGUAGGGAAAAGAAGAGGCGUCUAAAUGGAAGCUUCGACGAGGUUACUCUGAACCAAUUCGAAUCGUAUGAUGAGAGUGACGUGUAUUUGUGCUCUCUCAAUUCAAGUACGUCGAAGAAUGUGAACGCGGCUAUUUACAAUAUAUACAGUCAGCUCUACAGGGAGUACAAGACGAGGGCGUUUUUGGCUAAAUACAGACACAAGAGCGGACAAAAUGGAGAGAAGCAUUACCCUGGUGAAAUUCGAGUCAGUCCAAGAAGGAUGGGAAGUAACGAUUCGGAGGUUAGUCCUCGAAAUGGAAAAGGGAGGGACAUUUCCUCUUGCCCUUUUAUUCCCAAUGGAGAGGGUCACUCCAGGUAUUACAAAGUGAGUAAAAAUAUGGUGAGCAUAGACAAGCUGAUAGAACUGUAUUGGCAGAUGAGCGAAAUUGAGAAGAAAAGGGAAGCAGGGAAAGACACGGUGAAGACUACUUCUUGGUCGAUGGACUUGUCUGACUUAUAUAGCCAAAUGAGGGAUCAAGACGACCCUUUUUUGCAAACACAUGCAGAAAUGGAACUAUAUAGUAAACAAAAUGACUACAUGGAUGAUGGGAGGAAAAAAAUUCGAGUGAUCAUUCUGAUUCACGACUGUGAAUAUUUCAAUAUAAACGUACUGAAUGGCAUUUUAAAUGUGUUAAUAAAUUUACGGAUAGAAAACAGAUUAUGUCUUAGUGUUAUCCUAGGAGUGUCGACUCCUUCGUUUUUCUUCAGCAGAAUUACAACUCCAGACACGCAGAGUAAGCUGCGCAUUAAGACCAUCGACAUUUUGAAUAAUAAAGUCAUCUGUGAGAGGGUGUGUGAUGAUCUUCUGUUCGGAGACACCUUGCCAUUUAUCGUAACCUUUCGAACAAUCCAUGCGAUAAAGCUGCUGCUGCAUAAGAACAACCAGUCGAUUAGCCACUUGGUGCACAUUCUGUACAUCCUGACGAAGGAGUUUUAUGACAACAAUUUGUUUUCCUUCCUAUCCCUCCCGAUGGGGUACUACUUGGGGGGGGGGCUCGGCAGCGGAUUCGGGAGCGACUUCGGGAGUGGCCUCUGCGUGGACGAGGCCGCUAUGGAGUACUCCCCGUACACCUUCGUGCGAUCGAAUCAGAAGUCAUUCAGCGAUUACUCCAAAUUUGACAUGAGGGCCCUCCACAGGAAGAUCAUCUGCCUCUGCUAUUCGGCCAACAUCUACUACGCCCACUUGUCCUUCCUGAAACGGAAGUACUCUUCCAUCCUUGUGCAAAACUAUUUCACCCUACAUGGGAAGGAUUCCAUAGUACAAACCCCGACCAAUUCGGACACGGAGAUGGAUAGCUUCACGCUGAAGAGGAAGCCCAACCGGGCCAGUGUCUCUCACGCGAAUGAGAAGAGGAAAAGUGUGAAAGGUGAGCUUCAUAGGGGAGGUACCCAACCGGGGGGUGGCGAUGCCACCGCUGCAGAGGGAAAAGCGGCGGAGGAGCACCCCUCCAGUGCGCAUCAACAUGCGUGGGAGAAGCAGACCAAGUGGGAGAAUGACAACUCCUUGGAGACGUCCCAAUCUGACUGCGCACAGGGGAGAAGGAAAAAAAAUCUGGAUAGAAGCCUCCUCGCGUGGAAGUUCAAGGCCAGCACGAUAAACUGGUGGUUUGACCACCCCUUCAAGGAUCUAGUCUAUUCAUACAAAGAUGAGAAAUUAAGGAGCACUCUGAAGAGCGAAAUUGACGCGCUACUGGACAGUACAGAAGAGAAAAGCGUGAGCAAUCUUCACGAUGUGGAUAGCGUGCAGGAGAUAAACAAAUACCUUUGUGAGGUGGCCUUGCCUAGAGCUGUCCUUCAGCUCAUAGAGAGGAAAUACGCCUUCAACAUUGCGAUAAAUCUGAUAGACAUCAUUAUUAAGUGUAAAAAUGAAUACAGAAAUUCAAUAAAACGGGUCGAUUAUUUUAGGACACUUUUCCUCAACUUCGAGAAAGUAAAGUGGAAAGAUAAUAGGAGCAUCCUCUACAUAGAGGAGAUUUACAAAGUAGUCGAAAAUGAUGUAAAAAAGUGUGUAAGCUUUCUAAUCGAUAUUGUCACUCCAUAUUGCUUCAAGAACCAGGAAGUGCUGCUAGCCAUGCUUAAGGAAUUUAAGAGUUACUACACGAGGGUAUAUCCCCUUGUGUAUAACUUAGAGGACUAUUUAUUUUUACUGAAGGAGAAAGAGAAGGAGAAGGACCUCUUCAUCAAUGAUGACUUCGCUAAGUUCUCAUCCGAGGGGUACUCCUUUUCCUUUUCUGUGUACUACUCCUUAUUAUUUAAGCUGGACGAUUUGAUAGAAAUGGUGCGGACAUUUCUGUGUCAACAGAGGGGGAGUAACCAGCGGGUCAACAGCCAAAGUGGAAGCACCAGUGCUGCCACCGCCGCUGAUCAUCCCGACGGGGAAGAAUACUCCCCCUUGAUGGGGCACCGACAAAAAGUCCUACCUGAGAAGAAAAAGGCCUACAAAAGAUAUCUCACCAUCCAGAAUAGCAGUUUGAAGGGAGCAUUGACAAACGAGACAGAUAGGACAGUGAACGUAGAAGAUAUGUCAAAUUCGAUAAACCUGUUUCUACAUGAAUACCUGAACAUGCUUCUCCUACCUCCUCUGUAUUGCCACCCUCUGGCAUACGAAAUGGUAAUGCAUAAGCCGGAUAAAGAGUUCACAGAUCUCAUGACUAGAGACAUAAAGACGGAGCUGCUGCAGACCCUAUGCUACACCAAUCCGUACAAGACGGGCAGCCUCAUCUGCUCGUGCUGCUCCUUCCCGGAGAAUAAAGCCAACACGGAAAUGAGCACCAACAUAGUGGGGGACGGCAAGGUCUACCUUAACCCCUACUACGACAACGUUUCAACACUGGAAGAUUUGAUAAACGUGUACAGGAUUUACGAGCGCUGCAACAAGACGCUGGAUCUCUACAACUUCUUCAUCCUCUUCGUGAACGUCAAGGUGGACGGCACCGCGGAGGGGGUGGCUCCGUCCGUGGCAUCGGCGGGGGCAUCGGCGGGGGCACUGUCAGGGGCCGCUUCUCCGACCGCCACGCCUGUCUGCACGCACAUGCUGCAGGAGUACUACCUUAAGUUCAUCAUCGCCGUGAACACCUUCUGCUCGUUUCUUAAAAUCCUAAAGCCCCCCAACGUGUCUGCCCUGCUCAAAUACACAGAAAAGUGCGACAACGUUUCGGAUGAUGAGGCGGACGAGGACGGGAGAGGCGGCACGCACGGCGGAGACGAAUCGAUCGGCAAGUUCCUCUCGGACAUUAGGAAGACCCUACAAGGGUGCACGAGCAAGAAGUUGCUAUUCGGGAAGCUCUACUACAAUCGGACCAUCAUAUCGCGCGAGAUGCACUUGCAGAGGCUCCUGAUGCAGUACAAUGCGGACUUCCACGCCGAGCUGCACGGUGCGAAGGAGCCCUCCAGCAAGACUGCGCGGGUUUGA